CCUCGCCCGUUUCUUGAGUAUCCUUAGGAAUGACGGCGUAUCCGCGGUCACAGGAGAGGUCGGCGGGCGUGUGUGCGAGCGAGCGGGUGAAUGAGAGAGUGUAGUAAGGCGAGGGCCGGGUGAGAGCGAGAGUGCAGUCUGGUCCCCGCAACGCACGGGCCAACAAGGUGUAUUUCGCGGCGCCCACGCCAGCCCCUAGAAGUGUAUAGGAAUGUGAUAAUGAAAAAACACGAAUGUUACGGUGUUGCGAUUUCUACUGGACCAACAAACUCGAAGGUAUGGAGGGCACGGAAUCUCUCAAAAUACAUACUGGUAACAAGAAUUCGCUUACCAGGGAGAAGCGGGAUAAUUUUGAGGGCGGUCACCUAAAGCGGAAAGACACCCUCACGGAGGAUAAUAAAGUUAUAGAAAUGAGUGAUAAUAAACCCCAGAACAAUAAGUUUAGUGAGUUGCAGCACUUGAGUGAAAAGCCCGACGACGGCAGCGAGAAAAAUGAUGGCACAAAAGAGGAGGUGAAAAACGACGAGUGCUGUAGUGUGAGUGAGACUUUAGAUGUGCCGACCCUUGAUCUGUCGACGAAAAGUGGCGGCGAAUCGAUCGAAAACGACGACGUGUCCUUCAGUGAGGAUAACAGUGUAGAUAAUAAUACGUUUAAUAUAAUAAAUACCGAAAAUUCCGAGAGUCAAGAAGUCAGUGAAUUAACGAACGACGAUUCAUCUCCGGUGCCUACUGACGACAAAGAAAACGGAGAUGAAGGCGACUUCAGAGAAAACGGGGAGUCGGACGUUCCAACGCAUACUGAGGAAGAUUCCGACGAGGAGCUCUCUUGUCUCGAAGAGGAAGAGGAGGAGGACGAGGACGAUGAAUGCGAGAUGACCGAGGCGAGCGCAGAUAGCGUAGGCGACGACUCUGCCUCGGCCAGCGAAGACGGGGAAGAGAGUGACGACGAGCGCGACUUCGACAACGACUCCCUGGAGGACGGGAAGAGCAACGCGCCCUCGCUCGCCGAACCGCCGGCGGCCCACAAGCCCCCGCCGCCGUCCCCGAAGGCCGUGGCGAAGGGCGCGAGUCAGCAGAAGCCCAUGUCGCCGAAGUUCAGACACCGGGUGAGGUCCUUCGGCAAGAAGGACAAGAGCGAGUUCAAGAUCGAGAUUUUCGAGUCGAAGCGAAAACCUCCCGAGAACCUUUGCGUCAAGAUCCCCGGCGAGUCGCAAAGCAAGGCUCCGGUGGAAGUGAAAAUUAACGAGCCUCCAAUAAAGUCGAUCAAUGAGGGAAACUCGCCGUGGAAACAGGCGGGAAAGCCAGACUGCUCGAAAACUCCCGAGGACCCAAGCCCGCGUUCGGACAUCGCGUCGACUCCGGACUCGGCGGGGAAUUCUCAGAGUGUGUUGUUGGACGUAAGCCAAGCCAUCCGAGAGGAGAGCGAGGAAUCGGACCGCCUCUCGCCGAUGAAGAGUCCACAGGAAGAGACGAAGGAAGGACCCGCUCAAAUUGGCGCAGGUAAAUAGCCUGUUUUCGCUUGUCUAGGUCGUUUUAUUGUGAGUCUUGAGCAGGUGCUUGAGAUCCCGUGCAUGCAGUCUCAGGAGGCAUCAUUUCUGUUGCAGAAGAUAACGAUGAAAGUAUCAUUUUUUCACUUAGUAUUUUCUUCCAAGUCUUUUUAAAUAUUACUUUUAUUUAUAUUUAUGUAUAAGUUGUCACUGUUUCUUUAUAAAUUUAAGAUCAAGAGGGAACUUUUUCUACAGAAGAGAUUGUCCAAACAGAAACAAUACAAAGUUGUUUGAUAAAUCUACCUGGGUUACGCGACAGGAAAACAGGGGAAAAAAUAAAAAAUGAGGAAAACAGCUUGAGGGGAAGAACUGUGAAAUAUGGCAAGGCGGCGAGGUCACUUAUGCAGCUUCUUGGCCUCGUAAGGAAGUGCCUGACUUGACUGCCUGAUGAAUCACCCGCGAAACGACGUCUGGAUUAUUUCUCGUUUCUCUCCUCUUUUCUCUUUCUUUUCUCUUU